UAUCUCUUUUCAUAUUCGUGUAUAUAAGUAUACAUCGUACAUACUACGUUCUGUACAUAGUUUAAAAUGGUAAAUAAAUCUACCUUAUUUCCACCAUUUUAUUCCGUGGAUCAAUUCACUUGGUCCACACCUUUUGUGAUUGGACCUACUAUUUUACUUACAACACUCUUGGUGUUUGGCAUACCUCGUUACUUGAACAACCACCAUUUCAACAACACAGUCACUCUGCAUCGACAUUUGACAGCUUUUUCCAAGUUUCUGGUAUGUUUGUGCUUUAUUGUGGCCAUCACAUGGAUUGCCGAUGCAGCUGUCAUUGUCACUAGGGCUAUUCUUGAGCACUAUUGGACAUCAUCCGUCUUGGCUUUUUAUACCGGUAUUUCAUGGCUAGCAUGGGCAUUGAGCUUAUUUACAUUGGCUGAUGAAACACAACAUUAUGGGAAAUGGUAUUGGACACAAUAUCUCUUUUGGGUAUUAGCUGUGGCAAGUGACACAGUCGUAGGUUGGUUAUGGAUCAUGGGCAUAACAAGACCAGAACCAGGUACUGAAUUCACUCUUUAUGAUCAUUUCUUAUUGGGCAUAUUCAUCGUCCGAUACAUUGUGGAAGUCAUUAUCGUUCUUUUAUCCAUUGCUCAUUUAUUCAGUACCAAUCAUAACACACUCGAUGAAGCUUCACCUCUUUUAGGACAACAACAACAAGAAAAUUACGGUACCAAGACUAAUAAUGAACCUAGUCCUUUUAGUGGAUUUAUGGAGAAAAUGAAAAAAUUGUUACCUUUUAUUUGGCCUCAUCAUAACCUUAAGUUGCAACUCUAUGUCGUACUAUGUUUUGUCAUUAUGAUCUUUGGCUUUAUUGUCAAUUUGUUAGCUCCUCGUCAAAUUGGUCAAAUUGUAGAUAACUUGAAAGAAGGACAAUUCCCUUGGAUCCCCAUCUUGUUCUAUAUUGGGCUUAAAUUCCUUCAAGGAGGUUCGGGCCUUCUUCAAGCACUCCAAAAUUGGCUUUGGAUUCCUAUUGGUCAAUACACCACAAGAGAAAUCUCUUUGAAAACCUUUAGCCAUUUGCAUAGUUUAUCCUUGGGAUUCCAUAUCAGUCGUAAGACAGGCGAAGUAUUGCGUGUGAUGGACCGAGGCACAAGUUCAGUGGUGAGUUUGUUGAACCAAAUCUUGUUUCAAAUAUUCCCUGUCUGGGCCAAUAUUAUCUUGAUUUCGUUCUUUACGACCUAUGUCUAUGCUCCUUCGUUUGGUCUGAUUGUCUUCUUGACCAUGGCUAUGUACAUGUACGUGACUGUUGCUGUAACUGAAUGGCGUACCAAAUACCGUCGACGUAUGAUUGAACUAGACAAUUAUGCUCGUACCAAAGCCGUAGAUUCCUUAUUGAAUUUCGAGACAGUCAAAUACUACAAUGCAGAAAACUUUGAGAUCAAUCGCUACAAAGACGCUAUUCUCGAAUACCAAGAAGCAGACUGGAAGAGUUCUGUAUCCUUGAAUGUUUUGAACUUGGCUCAAAAUGCGAUUAUCACAGGUGGCCUUUUGAGUGGCUGUUUGUUGUUUGCUUAUGAAGUCUCCAGUGGUGAUUUGAGUGCAGGUGAUUUUGUUGCUUUUAACAUGUACAUGAUGCAACUCUAUACGCCUUUGCAUUGGUUUGGCACUUAUUAUCGAAUGAUUCAGUCCAACUUUAUUGAUAUGGAGAAAAUGUUGGAGUUGCUUGACCAAGUUCAGACAGUUCAAGAUGCGCCUGAUGCAGAAGAAUUAGUGGUGACUGAAGGCCAUGUUGUGUUUGAUAAUGUCACUUUCUCUUAUGAUGGUCGUCAAACAGCCCUUGAUGGUGUCUCUUUUACGAUUCCUAAAGGUGCUACUGUGGCUCUUGUAGGUCCUUCAGGUGGUGGUAAAUCCACUAUUUUGCGCCUCUUGUUCCGUUUCUAUGAUCCUGAUGCUGGCCGUGUCUUUAUUGAUGGUCAAGAUAUUCGACAAGUCACUCAGUUGUCUUUGAGAAAGAACAUUGGUGUUGUGCCUCAAGAUACUGUCUUGUUUAACGAUACGAUUUACUACAAUAUUCAAUAUGGUGAUGUCAAUGCAGAAGACAGUCAAAUCAAACGUGCAGCCAAAGCAGCUCAAAUUCAUGAUAAGAUUGAGACAUUCCCUGAUGGUUAUGAUACAAAGGUGGGUGAGCGUGGUCUUCGUCUAAGUGGUGGUGAAAAGCAACGUGUGGCUAUUGCAAGAACCAUUCUAAAGAAUCCUCCUAUUAUUUUAUUAGACGAGGCUACAAGUGCAUUGGAUACUACAACAGAAAGACAUAUUCAACAAGCAUUGUCUGAUAUGACUAAGGAUCGCACCACACUUGUCAUUGCUCAUCGUUUAUCUACUAUUGUCAAUGCAGACUUGAUUUUAGUUAUCAAGGAUGGUAAAGUGGUUGAAUCUGGAAGUCAUGAAGAACUGAUCAAGAAAGCAACUCAACAAGGCCAAGGCGGUAUUUACUAUGAAAUGUGGCAAAAACAACUUCAUGAUGAAAAUGAUACUUUAAAUGACCAUUCAACAGACGAAGAGAACACAAAGUCUAGAGAGAUAGAUACUCAAAUCAUUGAGCUUGAGAAUCCAGUAGAAACAAAGGUGGCUACUUCUUCUCCAACAGAAGUAGAAGUGAUAGAAUUAGAUGAAGAAGAAGAAGAAGAACAGCAGCAGAAAAAAGAACAAAGUUCUACUGAUGCUGACAACAAUAACUGUUCAACACCUUCUUCUUCCACUGCAAACAGCACAAACAAAAAGAAAAAGAAGAGAAAGAGUAGAAAUAGAACAAAAUCGAAAUUCUAAUAAAGCCUUGAUUUAUAUACUUUUA